AGAGCAAAGCAACUGGAAGCUGCUAGAGAGGGAGACAUGGAUGAGUGAGUGGCAGGAAUGAUCUGCUGAGGCAGUGGCCAAGUCAACACCGUGGAGGCACCAAUCUCCCAGCUGAGGUCACCAGUUAGCUGGUCUUGUGGUAGCAAGCACAAAUUGGACCAGGUCUCACGAUCAGUGAGACCCGGUUUUACCUGACCUGCUGCUGCUAUUUCUCCUUAGAAGGAGGUGUUCGUUCAGCUUUUCUGCCUCCUGCUGCUCCGUGAAUUUUUGCAGAAAUGACCCACACUGCUGUGACGACCCUGCUCUUGACGGUGUCCUUCUUUCCAAUGGCCCUGUGCCAAGAUGCGGGGAAGCAGGGGCUCCGAUGUUACCGCUGUGGCUUUGAUCAACCCUGUGUGGAGACGCUGGUGAACUGCAGUGAAGGCGAGAGAUGCGGCACCAUAUCGGGGCAUUCAGAUUAUAAAGUGCACGAGUCCAUCUUGAGGAAGGACUGCGUCCCAGCCCAGAAAUGUGACAGUAAUGACAAACUCACGUACUGGAACAACCCUUUCCGUGUCACCUACUCCUGCUGCAACACUGAUUUCUGCAACAGGGCCAUCUCAGGAGCACCCCGCCCCUCUGCCACCCACCUCCCCAUGCUCUUGGUGGCCACCAUCUUAGCUAUCCUACUCACCUUCCUCUCCUGAGACCUAGGAUUUGCCAGCUCCCUCUGAGGAGGGCGGCCUCUCUGGCCAGACAUUAUUUGCACCCACUGCACUGAUAUCUGCCUUCAAAUCCCUCCUGGGAGGAAUAGAGUCUGGUAGCUACUUGGUUUUUAUCACAGUGCCCCAGCUGUAGCAUUGUUCUGAGUCACUGUGAGGAGAAGGGUGGCUGCCAUGUUUUGGGACAGCCACCAUUUCCCCCACACGGUAGCUUGGAUUGAUAGUGAUAAUAACAACAACUUUAUGUGUUCGCUGCCCCAUAACAAAUUGCUCCCUGGGCGGCUCACAAUAAAACGACAAUAGAAUAAAACAUAACAAUUAAAACAAGAGAGUACAAUAAAAUAUAAAGUGCAAUGCAAUGCAAAACUAACACAACGACCAGGGCAUUGUGAAGAAAAAGUGGUGGCUGCCAGGAGGUUGCUUUCCAGAAUAUGUCUGCCACUUCUUUUCAACUGUAAAUAACCGGGAAGGAAGGAAGAUUGCCAUUCUGCCGUGCCACAGAGCAGCCAGCAACUCAGCCAAGCUGUUUCCACAGUGUUUUCUCCAUAAGAGUGAUUGUUUGUUUGUUUAUUUGUUUGUUUGUUUAUUUAUUUCAGCGGUACCUGUUCUUCCUCUGUAUUCUGCUAGUGAAACAGGGAGGUCUACAUAUCAUGGGGCUUCACCACAACCCGGUGCGAGGUAGGUUAGGAUGAGAAAGAGUCUCUGAACCAAAGUCACCUAGUGAAUGUCGUAGCUCAGCAGAAACUGGAACCCAAGUCUGUCUUGCCAAGUUCAGUGCUCUCACCACUACAGGGGGGUGUCAGCAUUUUGCUCCUGUGCCUUUAAGAGCAUCUUGAUCUGCAGACAUUAACAGUUUUAUCCCCGUAGCAUGACAAGCGUCCUCUGCUCAUUUCUGCAGAUCAAGCUGCACUUAAAAGCACAGAAGCGGGCCAGACUGUUAAUGGUCAGUUGGUAACCUUGCACAUUUUAGGGUUGCCAAAGAUGGCCCUCCAGUUUUUUGCUUCCCCCGCCCCACCCCCCCACCCCCACCCCCAUCUCAGCUGGACAAGGGGCAAAGGUUCAUCUCAGGCCAUUCUAGGCUGAAGUUGAUCUUAAUCCCUUUACUGCUGAGCAGGGCUAUCUAACCUUUGCAGGGGCCCCCAUGAUGAAUCAAUAUGUUCCAGUCCCACUAGAACUAACAGAGUCUCUGUUCAUGUGCUGCAGUAUGGAUGCCCUGUAGGCACAGAUCCCUGGGCAAAUGCCCCCUCCGCUUCAGACACCCCUGAUGCUGAGAUCCACUACCAAAUCUCUUUCCCCCCCCCUCCCCCCAGUUUUCAGGGCUUGGCCAUCUUCUGACAUCACCAGGCUCUGCCUCAGAAAUCUCAGGGGGUUUUGUCUGAUCUGGCAACCUGCUACACCUACUCUCAAAGAGAUCCAAAACUAUAGCUAUCUCAAAAUCAAUGUGCAAACACUUCCACUGGACUUCAAAAAAAACCCCAACCCAUAGUUAUUAUCACAUUAUAGAAACAUAAUUUCCUGGGAGCAUACUACUAUCUAUUUCUGGUCAUAAAUGUAUAUGUAUUAAUUAA